AUGGAGAUCUCCUCAGCCCCUCUCCACAAAGGGCAGCUACCCUGGAGGGGACUCCUGCUGGCAGCCUCACUUUUGAUCUACUGGAGCUCUCCCUCCAUGGCCCAAGUCACUGUGGAAGCAGUUCCGCCCCACGUUGCUGAAGGGGCAAAUGUUCUUCUACUUGUCCACAAUCUGCCAGAGACACUCCGAGUCUUUUUCUGGUACAAGGGACAAACUGUGGAUGAGAGGAAAGAAAUUGCACGAUUUCUAAUGUCCAAUAAUAUAAAGAAACCAGGGCCUGCAUGUAGCGGCAGAGAGAGAAUAUACCGCAAUGGGUCCCUGCUCUUCCAGAACGUCACUCAGAAAGAUGCAGGCGCCUACAUGCUAUAUAUGAAAAAGGAAAACUUUGAUAUAAGGAAAGCAUUCGUGCAGUUCCAUGUCUACCCACGGCUACCCAAGCCGAAAAUCACAAGCAAGAAUUUCUAUGCCAGGGAGGGGUCUCCAGAAGCAUUAGUGUGUGAGCCUGAGACUGAGAAUACAACCUACCUGUGGAGGAGAAAUGGCGAAAGCCUCUCAGAAGGCGACAGGCUGAAGCUGUCUGAGGGCAACAGGACUCUCACUUUACUCAGUGCCAUGAGGACUGACACAGGAGCCUAUGAGUGUGAAAUCCAGAACCCAGUGAGCACCUCCCGAAGUGACCCAUUCACUCUGAACAUUACCUAUGGUCCAGAUGUCCCGAUCAUAUCCCCAUCAAAUACUUACUUCCGUUCAAGUACAAACCUCAGCCUCUCUUGUCAAGCAGCCUCUAGCCCUGCAAUGUUCUAUUGGUAUUUCAAUGGAAAGAUUCUAUCAAAAGUCAAAGAGCUCUUUAUCCUCAACAUCACUACUAAUAACAGCGGUUCCUAUUCCUGCCUCAUCUAUAACUAUGUCUUUGGAAUCAUGAAGACCACAGUCAAGAACAUUACAGUCCUUGUGCCAGUGACUACACCCUCCAUCCAAGUCAGCAACACCACAGUCAAAGAACUUGACGCUGUGUUCCUGACCUGCUCCUCAAACGACACCAGGAUCUCCAUCCAUUGGCUCUUCAAUGGCCAGAGUCUGGGGCUCACAGACAGAAUGAAGCUGUCCCUGAACAACACCACCCUCAGCAUAGACCCUGUCAAGAGGGAGGAUUCCGGGGAGUAUCAGUGUGAGGUCUCCAAUCCAGUAAGUUCUGAGAGGAGUGACCCUAUCCAGCUGGACAUAAUAGAACCAGUGACUAAACCCUCCAUCCAAGUCAGCAACACCACAGUCAAAGAACUUGACUCUGUGUCCCUGAACUGCUCCUCAAACAACACCGGGAUCUCCAUCCAUUGGCUCUUCAAUGGCCAGAGUCUGGGGCUCACGGACGGAAUGAAGCUAUCCCUGAACAACAGCACCCUCAGCAUAGACCCUGUCAGGAGUAAGGAUUCCGGGGAGUAUCAGUGUGAGGUCUCCAAUCCAGUCAGUUCUGAGAGGAGUGACCCCAUCCAGCUGGGCAUAAUAGCGUUUAGUGAAGAACAUAGAAUGGAAGGAACAAUAAAUCAGGCUGCCUCAUUUGAAUCUACCCUCAAGAAGGGGGGGACAGAUAAGUGUAAGGCAUUAAAGCAUGAGGCCAGAGUGAUAGGUCUGGACGGCUUGGCUCCCAUGGUCAAGGCCAUGAAAAUACCCGCAAAAACUGUGGCACCUCAAGCCUCCCGAGGACAGCUCCCCAUUAGACAAGAUGCAGAUGGCUCGAACACUCAAGACUUGCGAACAGGCAUCUGA